CCGCCGGCUGAGCGGGAGGGGGGCGGAGGAGCCGCAGCAAUGUCUGGCCAGAGCCUGACGGACCGAAUCACCGCCGCCCAGCACAGUGUCACCGGCUCCGCGGUAUCCAAGACAGUAUGCAAGGCCACGACCCACGAGAUCAUGGGCCCCAAGAAAAAGCACCUGGACUACUUAAUUCAGUGCACAAAUGAGAUGAAUGUGAACAUCCCACAGUUGGCAGACAGUUUAUUUGAAAGAACUACAAACAGUAGUUGGGUGGUGGUCUUCAAAUCUCUCAUUACAACUCAUCAUUUGAUGGUGUAUGGAAAUGAGCGUUUUAUUCAGUAUUUGGCUUCAAGAAACACAUUGUUUAACUUAAGCAAUUUUUUGGAUAAAAGUGGAUUACAAGGAUAUGAUAUGUCUACAUUUAUUAGGCGGUAUAGUAGAUAUUUAAAUGAAAAAGCAGUUUCAUACAGACAAGUUGCAUUUGAUUUCACGAAAGUGAAGAGAGGGGCUGAUGGUGUUAUGAGAACAAUGAACACAGAAAAACUCUUAAAAACUGUACCAAUUAUUCAAAAUCAAAUGGAUGCACUUCUGGAUUUUAAUGUUAAUAGCAAUGAACUUACCAAUGGGGUAAUAAAUGCUGCCUUCAUGCUCCUGUUCAAAGAUGCCAUUAGACUAUUUGCAGCGUAUAAUGAAGGAAUUAUUAAUCUGUUGGAAAAAUAUUUUGAUAUGAAAAAGAACCAGUGCAAAGAAGGUCUUGACAUCUAUAAGAAGUUCUUGACUAGGAUGACAAGAAUCUCAGAGUUUCUCAAAGUUGCAGAGCAAGUUGGUAUUGAUAGAGGUGACAUACCAGACCUUUCACAGGCCCCCAGCAGUCUUCUUGAUGCUUUGGAACAACAUUUAGCUUCCUUGGAAGGAAAGAAAAUCAAAGAUUCUACAGCAGCAAGCAGGGCCACAACACUUUCCAAUGCAGUCUCUUCCCUGGCAAGCACUGGACUGUCUCUGACCAAAGUGGAUGAAAGGGAAAAGCAGGCAGCAUUAGAGGAAGAACAAGCUCGUUUAAAAGCUUUAAAGGAACAACGCCUAAAGGAACUUGCAAAGAAACCUCAUACCUCUUUAACAACUGCAGCCUCUCCUGUGUCCAGCUCAGCAGGGGGGAUAAUGACUGCACCAGCCAUUGACAUAUUUUCUACCCCUAGUUCUUCUAACAGCUCAUCAAAGCUGCCAAAUGACCUACUUGAUUUACAGCAGCCAACUUUUCAUCCGUCUGUACAUCCUAUGUCUACUGCUUCUCAGGUAGCAAGUACAUGGGGAGAUCCUUUCUCUGCUACUAUAGAUGCUGUUGAUGAUGCCAUUCCAAGCUUAAAUCCUUUCCUCACAAAAAGUAGUGGUGAUGUUCACCUUCCCAUUUCUUCAGAUGUAUCCACUUUUACUACUAGGACACCUACUCAUGAAAUGUUUGUUGGAUUCACUCCUUCUCCAGUUGCACAGCCACAUCCCUCAGCUGGCCUUAAUGUUGACUUUGAAUCUGUGUUUGGAAAUAAGUCUACAAAUGUUAUUGUAGAUUCUGGGGGCUUUGAUGAACUAGGUGGACUUCUCAAACCAACAGUGGCCUCUCAGAACCAGAGUCUUCCUGUUGCCAAACUACCGCCUAACAAGUUAGUAUCUGAUGACUUGGAUUCAUCUUUAGCCAAUCUUGUGGGCAAUCUUGGCAUCGGAAAUGGAACCGCAAAGAAUGAUGUAAAUUGGAGUCAGCCAGGUGAAAAGAAGUUAACUGGAGGAUCUAAUUGGCAGCCAAAGGUUGCACCAACAACUGCUUGGAAUGCUGCAACAAUGAAUGGCAUGCAUUUUCCACAAUACGCACCACCUGUAAUGGCCUAUCCUGCUACUACACCAACAGGCAUGCUGGGAUAUGGAAUUCCUCCUCAAAUGGGAAGUGUACCUGUAAUGACACAGCCAACCUUAAUAUACAGUCAGCCUGUCAUGAGACCACCAAAUCCCUUUGGUCCUGUAUCAGGAGCACAGCUGUCUGCAGCAUCCAGCCCCUCCAGUCACAGUCCUCACAGAGCUUCAGGAAAGGACCCUUUUGCAGAGCUCUCUUUGGAGGAUUUCUUAUAAAUCACUUUAGAUACAGUUUAUGUGACUAAAUGGAAGAGAAUGGAAUUAUUCCAAAAAGACAAGUGCUCAAGUGGCGAAUCCUUACUUCCA